GGAGGUGGGAGAGAGUGAGCAGGUUGUUCACAUUCUUGGGAUGUCCACUGUCAUCAACAAACUCCUGGCCAAGCCCCUUUUUCUUCCUCCUCAGGUAUAUAACCUUGCCACCAGAGUGACGCUCGUCACUGCAGAUCCUUUGUCCAAGUCUGAUCCAGCCAGCAUCUGCUACCGUACCUGUGCCAGCCAGCAUCUGCUACCGUACCUGUGCCAGCCAGAAUCCUCCAUCCACCAUCCACCACUAUGUCGUUCACCUCCAGAUCCUACACCUCUUCCAGGGCCCUCAGCAUGUAUGGGAGUGCCAGUGGCCACGGUUCCCGCAUCUCCACCUCCCAAGCUGGGGGAUUCUGCGGCACAUCUUCCUCCUGGGGUGGCUUGGACCUCGCUGACGGCCUGGACCUCCAGGUGUCAGCCAACGAGAAGUCCACCAUGCAGAACCUGAACGACCGCCUGGCCUCCUACCUGGGGAAGGUGAGAUGUCUGGAGGAGGAGAACGCCGAGCUGGAGAAGAAAAUCAAGGAUUGGUAUGCGUCACGCACUGUUAUCUGCCAUGACCACAGUGCCUACUUUGCCACCAUCGCUGGCCUGAAGGACAAGAUCCAUUUGGCAUCCAGGUCCAAUGCCAAGACUUUGCUGGACAUUGACAAUGCCAAGCUUGCUGCUGAGGACUUCAAGAUGAAGUAUGAGAACGAGCAGUCCAUGAGGAUGGCAGUGGAGGCAGACAUCAGUGGUCUGAGGAGGGUCCUGGAUGACAUGAACCUGGGCCGCUCUGACCUGGAGAUGCGUUACGAGGGCCUGAAGGACGAGCUCGUCGUGCUCCAGAGGAGCCACCAGGAGGAGAUUGCCAUGGUAAAGUCCCACGUGGGCAGCCAGGUGAAUGUAUCGGUGGAUGCUGCCCCAUCCCAGGACCUGAACGCAGCCAUGACCGAGAUUAGGAAGCACUACGAGUCUGUGGCCGUCAAGAACCGCAAAGAGCUGGAAGCCUGGUACCAGGGCAAGCUGGCCACAGUGGAGAUUGAAGUCGUGACAAACAAUGAGCAGCUGGUCAGCUGCCUCACAGAGUUGAAGGAGUACAAGAACACCCUCCAGAGGCUUCAGAUUGAACUGCAGUCCCAUCUGAGCAUGAAAUCCUCCUUGGAGGGCACCCUGGCAGACACCCAGAAGCGCUACUCUGCUCAGCUGGCAGGGCUCCAGAGCAUGGUGACUAGCCUGGAGCUCCAGCUCUCCCAGCUCCACGCCAACAUCACCCACAACAAGCAGGAGUACGACAUGUUGCUGGACCUCAAGACCCGGCUGGAGCUGGAGAUUGCAGAGUACAGGAGGCUGCUGGACGGAGAGGACGACAGCUCCACCCAAGUGGUUACCAAGACGAUCAUCGUGACCCAGACCACUGUGGAUGGAAAGGUGAUGGAAACCACUGAGUCUUUUAAAUAAGUUAUUAACAGAACCAUCAAUAAAGAUUAUGUGGUUGAAUGAGAA